AAACCGCUGGUGUGGCCCCUAAUGUCAUUCAGUUGAUACAAUCUGGUUUCUAAUUAAACCAAUGAACCAGAGGGUUUUUGUGAGCCGAACCGGUUCGUGUAAAUUAUUUUACUUAAAAAAAAUAUUAAAACGAGGGCUUCUCAGACAAACUAGGCACCACUAAGGAAAGGGAUCGUCAAUCAAUCGUGAGUCUGAGACUGAGCUCUCAUCUCUCAACUCUCAAUUUAAAACCCUACUCGCCGUUGCCGCCCAACCACCUUCUGUCCACCGUCGCCGUCGUCGCCUUCGCAGUCGGAAGGUUGCACCACGUCACCAGCACAUCAGGCCGUCGCGUUGGAAGGUCUCAAGAUUUUGAGACAGCUGACAAGAGACAACAAGAUAUGGCAGAGAGGAGCAAAGAGCUUCUCAAGUUUGAGCAUAAUGGCACACCCCUUUCUUCCUUAGAAUCCACUCUUCUUGUUUGUGAUAAUAAAAAAGAAUCAGACAGUCAAACUAGGAGACUCCCCCCUGAUGGCAUGCUCCUCACUGCCCCACUUCCCCCAAGCCAACUUUUAGGGAAGGUUAAAGACUUCCUAGGAGUGAUGUCAGAAGCAAAUAAGCGGCUGGAACUUGAUGCAAAGGACCAUCCUGAGAAUUAUGAUAUUGAAGAGUUAACUGGAAAUGAAUCGGAAGUUAUUGAAAUGGAUUUGAUGCUUGGUGUAGCUGAUCUCCAUACACAAGAGGCAGUGGCUGCUGCUGAAUCUGCAAUUUCCACUUGUCAGCCUGUGAUUCCAUUGGUUGCUGAUGGUAGUGAAACAGAUUUGGAAGAAAGUAGUACUGAUAAUGACAGUGAUGAUGAUAUUAAUAACAGUGAUGAUUAUUUAGACGAUGGAAACAACAGUGAAAAGCCUUCGUCUCUUGUUCAAAAAUCUAUUUCCAGUAAGGAUAAUAUUCAUGGAAAAACAAAGGGAAAUGGUCAUUCCAAAAAACGUCCAAGGAUAGUUGAGCUAUCAUGAGCCUAACCGGUUUUUGAGGAUUAGAUCCUUAUGCUAUAUUUAUACACCUAGGGUUGGAAUUUUCUGUAUGACAGUAUGAUUUAUACAUCCAGGGAUGGAAUUUUCGGUAUGAUUUAUGCUGCGUUGAAAUAUAAUCAAUUUAUUUACGACCCCUAUGGCAUGGGCAGCUGGUGAAGUAA